UAAGCGAGGCCCGAGUCGUUGCAACCAAUCAAAGAAGCACAAGCCAUUUAAAAGCCCCUCACGCUAACUCACGUGGGCUUGUGACUGGUAACCAAUCCAUUAGCAGCCGGCUCGUCCCGCCCCUCUGUACUUCUCCACUCCGGUUAGAGGCUGCUGUUUCCCUAAGAUGUAAACAAGGCCUCGCGUAUCGGCCGUUAGAGGUUCUACAAUUAGUGGCUCAGCACAUACCUGCACAGACUGUGAAGAAUGCCGUAAGACAUGGGCUCCCGCAGUAGUAGCAACGCUGGCUCGGGAGGCCGGGAUAACCAGGGCAGCUGGUCUCGGAGGGACUCGGGGCUCCUGCGCAGUGAGGAAGAGGACGACGAGGAUGUGGAUCUGGCCCAGGUACUGGCAUACCUACUGCGCAGGGGCCAAUUUCACCUGAUGCAGGGUGGGGGAGCUGCCAGCGUCCGGCUGGUCCAGACACUCUCUGACUCAGAAGACGACAAUGACAGUGCAUGGGAAGGGCAACUGGGAGAUCGCUACAAACCGCCAGUGGAUUUGACACCAGACACCCACGAUCUGGAGUGCAACGAGAUCAAAACGCGCAUCCAGUUGGCAACGGGCAGACUGGGCUUGGGGCGAGCUGACCGUAGUAUCCCUAGACUGCUUUGCCAGAGGGAGUGUGGCCUUUGUCAUAACAGCAGCUUCUCUCCUGGGGAGUGCUGCCGGGUGGUGUCUCACUUUCUCCCCAACCACUUGUCCUUCACAGAUUCCUACUCCCAGAAGGCAUUCUGUGGGAUCUAUUCCCGUGAUGGACAGCUUUUUAUGUCCGCUUGUCAAGAUCAAACAAUCCGCUUAUAUGACUGCACCUACGGAGCCUUCCGGAAGUUUCGGAGCAUCAAAGCGCGGGACGUGGGUUGGAGUGUGCUGGAUGUAGCCUUCACUCCAGAUGGAGCCCAUUUCCUCUACUCCAGCUGGUCAGAUUACAUUCACAUCUGCAACAUCUACGGCGAGAGCGAUACCCACACAGCGCUGGAUUUGAGGCCGGAUGAGCGCCGCUUCGCUGUCUUUUCCCUCGCAGUCUCCUCAGAUGGAAGGGAAGUACUUGGCGGGGCCAACUAUGGCUGUGUCUACGUGUUCGACAUGGAGCAGAAUAAGCGGACGCUUAAGAUCGAGUCCCAUGAAGAUGACGUCAACGCCGUGGCCUUUGCUGACACCAGUUCCCACAUCCUGUUCUCUGGGGGUGAUGACGCCAUCUGCAAAGUGUGGGACCGGCGCACCAUGAGAGAGGACGACCCCCGGCCUGUGGGCAUCCUGGCCGGCCACCAGGAUGGCAUCACCUUCAUAGACAGCAAAGGGGAUGCCCGGUACCUCAUCUCAAACUCCAAGGACCAGACGAUUAAGCUGUGGGACAUGCGGAAGUUCUCUGGCCGUGAGGGGCUGGAAGCCUCCCGCCAGGCGGUCACCCAGCAGAACUGGGACUACCGCUGGCAGCAGGUGCCCAGAAAAGCACGACGGAAGUCAAAGCUUCCGGGCGACACCUCCCUCAUGACGUACCGGGGCCACGGAGUGCUCCACACCCUGAUCCGCUGCCGUUUCUCACCGCCUCAUAGCACCGGACAGCAAUACAUCUACAGUGGCUGCUCCACGGGCAAGGUGGUAGUGUAUGACCUCCUGAGCGGCCUUAUUGUGACAAAACUGGUCAAUCACAAGUCUUGCGUCCGUGAUGUCAGCUGGCACCCCUACGAGGAGAAGAUUGUCAGCAGCUCGUGGGAUGGGAACAUCCGGCUGUGGGAAUACCGCCAAACGGAAUAUGAUGAAGAUGACCUCAGGGACCCCCGGCAGCUCCCCACCACCCGAGAGGAGCCGUGCCCCAGAUCCUCAGGAGCCUCUGAUCAGUAGCCUUUUACGUGCUGCUUGCCGCCGUUCUCCAGUUCUGGACUUGCCGUGAGGGGGAGGGAGGGAAGGGAGAGCAAAGAUGGCCUUGUGCUGCCUGCGGCCUUGGGGUGUGUGGGUGGGAGGGAGGGGUGACUGCAUGCGCACCCUCAAGUCGUAGAUCUUGUAUUAACUGAAGCGUAAGUGGGCAGAGGGCUUGGGGAGAUGGGCAGUGUCCGUACGCAGCUCUUGUGGAGAGCCAGAAUCAGAUGACAUUUUUAGGUAAGGAAGUGUUAAGGGCUAGAUUUGUUUAUAUUGUCGCUUUGGGGACUGAAGUUUACAGUCCCACCCUCUUCCUGGUCUGUGACUUUUUUGAGAGGCAAAAUCAUGGAUUGCCCCGCCAGCGUUGGGUUUCAGCUGGCCCUGGGGAACAAGAGGUCCUCUGUCUGUCUCCUCCUUCCUACCUCCCCCUCCCCGCCCAGCUCUGGUGUGAGUGUGUGACUGGCGUUCUUUAUUUCCUCUCCAGGGCCUGUGUUGAGCUGCCCUGGAUCUGGGGAACAUCAGAGAAUACCCCGAGGGAAAAUGAGGCCCCUACUUCCCGCUUCUGAGACAGUAUAGUUCACGGGGAUAAGCUAUUUAUCUUUCACCUUUCCUGGCUGUUUGCAGUCUUGAAAUGCGAGGGGAUUGGCAGACUUCUUUCUCCAAGGGGCGGGGGAAUCUCUUCUUUCUCAUCCAAGAGAAAUGACUUCCUUAAAUGAAGGCACCCACUUCCUCCUUUUCAGAGUGUAGGACACCCCCGGCACAUUUCCUGAGGAUUCUGUAGGCUUGCAGAUGCUUCUUCUGGGGACACCUUGCCCCAUCCGUGUGUUCCAGAGAGAGAAAUGAGAUGGGGAGAAAGGGUAGCAUAUGGGUCUGAAGAGGGAGUGCCUUUGAGUGUGCGUGUGUCUGUGCGUGCGUGCACUCCCUUGAGAUCUGUCUGACUCUUCCUCUGCAUACCUUGGCUUGAAUCUACGCGUUCAGUCACUCUCUCCCCCCCCAGCCUGCCUGUUGCUGCCUGGCCGCUGCCUGCCAAGUCUUUUCUCCCCGUUGCCUCUUGGCAUCUGCUGUCCCUCCUUCCCAAGGACCCUUUACUCCCACCCCCACCUCCUUAACCAUCUCAAGUGGGUGGUCUCUCUUGACACCCUUCCCUGCCCAGGUGAAGAAGCCUGAAGUGUGUAUCCCAGUUUGGGGGUACAUCAGUCACUUUGCUCAUGCACUCUCUCUCUCUCUGGACUUCUUCCAGCCCUUCUUCCUCCACUGUAGAUAGAACGGGCAGUGCGGGGGUGGGGAGUCUUCCGUAAGGUGCCCUCUAACACCAGAGUGGUGUCUUUUUUAAAAAAAACAAUGAUAAAAACGAUGGAGGUUUGGUUUUUCACGUUUGGGGCAGAUUAGGAAACCCUGAUUUAGUCUCUCCAUUUAAAGAGGGAGUCACAUUUCAGACCCCUGAGCAAAGAAGGGAGGUUUGUAUGAUUUGUGAUGGAGGGGAGUGCCUCUUUCAUGGGGGCCUGCACAGUUCUGUCCAGCAAGGGUGUCUGUGCAAACUGCCAUUGGUGUCAAUAAUAAAAGUUGUUGAAAUUUU